CCUUCCUGCUGUGCCCUUGUAUGGUGCCCCGGGAGGCCGACUCGCCAGUACUUAAACCCAGGCGCCACCGGGGGCGCCCAGAGGGGACAAGUGGGUCGGGACGCGCAGAGCCCGUCAUUAGAGCGAGAGGGAGAAGCGGAGGCUCGGGGAGCGCGGUCGCCAUGGGGCUGGAGACGGCGUGCGAGCUGGAGAGUGCGGCGCUGGGAGCGCUGCUGCGGGAGCCGCGGGAGGCCGAGCGCACUCUGCUGCUUGACUGCCGCCCCGCCUCUGCCCCGUGCGCCACCCAUGCGCCCCCCAACCCAGGCCCGGUUGAACCCACUCCGCUAACUGCGCCUUCGCCCCCUGCAGGAGGCUUCGAUGGCUUCCAGGACUGCUGUCCGGAUCUGUGCUCUGAGGGUCCCGCCCCGGUGCUGCCCCCUUUCGGGGCCGAAAACAGCAGCUCCGACCUCAGGGUUCCCAUCUAUGACCAGGGUGGCCCCGUGGAGAUCCUGCCCUUCCUGUACCUGGGCAGCUGCAGCCACUCAUCGGACCUGCAGGGCCUGCGGGCCUGUGGCAUCACAGCUGUCCUCAAUGUGUCCUCCAGCUGCCCCAACCACUUUGAGGGCCUGCUGCGCUAUAAGAGCAUCCCUGUGGAGGACAAUCAGAUGGCAGAGAUCAGCGUGUGGUUCCAGGAGGCCAUAGGCUUCAUCGACUCAGUGAAGAACAGCGGUGGCCGGGUGCUGGUACACUGCCAAGCAGGUAUCUCUCGCUCUGCCACCAUCUGCCUGGCGUACCUGAUCCAGAGCCGCCGGGUGCGGCUGGAUGAGGCCUUUGACUUCGUAAAGCAGCGCCGGGGUGUCAUCUCUCCCAACUUUAGUUUCAUGGGGCAGCUGUUGCAGUUUGAGACGCAGGUGCUGUGUCACUGAAGCAUGGCUGUCUGCCUGCCACGUGCGGCCGGGACCCCUGGUGCCACCCCAAUGGUGGACAUAUGGGGUCCCCUGUAGCCAAGUGUACCUCUCACGUGGGGGGGACUGCUACCUCCUCUGAGUCUGAAAAGCCCCACAUGGGGACACUAGGAAUGCAGCGAUGCUGGCCUUUGUUACCUGGUGCUCUUCUGCUGAGGACUUAAGGGCUGGCUCUUAUUCAGGGGACAAGGACAGAGCCUGCUCUUUCCUGCCCCUCCUUGGCAGAAAUUAACUGGACUCUACACACUGGACUCUGGCCCCAUUGCCAUGUUGAGGCCGGAGAGCCCAAAGGAACAAGCUGUGACAACCAGGAUCCUGUUUGGGGGUCCUGGAGCCCAGGCCCUGUGCUCCUGGAGGAGCCAAGAAUUCGGAAGUGAUGUGUAUGUCACAUAAAGGACCUUUUGCUUGCGUGUGUCUGUGCGCAAGCAUUUCUCGCCUGUGUUGGCGCUGGAAAGUUAUUUGUGUCCAACUGACAUUUAACACUCCUCCCCCACUUCCUCCCGGCCCUGUGAGCGGGGGUUGCAAACUUAGCACUUUAUAUUUAUACAGAGCAUGGG